UAAAACCCCUCUUAAAGUCAGUGCUCCAAAGACGGCCGUUUUGGAGACCUGGGAGCGGAAGUGGUUGGAAGUGGCGCAGGUAAAGAGGAGGGGACAGUGCCCAAACUCCAGCUCCCGGGCACGAACCUUCCGGGGGACACGUGAGGCUCCGCGGCAAAGGCCCCAAUCCCCGCGGCCAGAGCCCAGGCCUGCGCGCCCGGAGGGCGCCCCAGCCGCAGCCGCCGCCACCUGGCGGGCGGGGCCGGCGACCCGGCCCCGUGGCGGAAGCGGGAAAGCGCGGAUUGGCUGGGAGCUGGCCCCUCCCCUCAGCCUAUCUCACCCCACCUGGGCAGGCGCAAAGAGCGCGAGGUGUAACGCGAUUGGUGGACGUGGAGGGGGCGUGGCAGGCCGUGUCACCGGCCCUUGAUUGGGCGGCGGGCGGAGGACCGACCGGGAUUUGAUUGGAGGGCGUGCUUGAGUCAUAGACGUGAGGGCAUCGCCGGGUCCUGAUUGGGCAACGGGCGUGGGAGGAGGGGCCGGCCGGGAUCUGGGCUCUUCCUCCGAGAGUCCCGCGGGUCCGGCGUCAGUGUGCGGCGAUGCCGAAGGUGGUGCUGGUCACCGGAGCGACUAGCGGCGUCGGCCGAGCGCUCUGCCAGCGGCUGCUGCGGGAGGAAGAGGAGCUGCACCUGUGCUUGGCAUGCAGGAACCCCGGCCGCGCCGAGGCGCUCCGCGCGGAGCUGGUGGCCGCCCGGCCCUCCGCCCAGGUGAGCACCGUGCAGGUGGACGUCUCCGACCUGCGCUCGGUGCUGCGGGCCGCCGGGGAGCUCAGGCACAGGUUCCGCAGGCUCGACUACGUGUACCUGAACGCGGGGAUCAUGCCCAGCCCGCACCUCGACGUCAAGGCGCUCGUCUCCAGCCUCUUCUCAAGGAACGUGAUUCACGUGUUCUCCACGGCUGAGGGACUGCUGACCCAGGAGGACAGGGUCACGGCCGACGGGCUGCAGGAGGUCUUUGCCACCAACGUCUUCGGCCACUUUCUCCUGGUCCGGGAGCUGGAGCCGCUCCUCGGCGCCGGCGACAGCCCGCGCCGGCUCAUCUGGACGUCGUCCCGCAGCGCCCGCAGGGCCAACUUCCGCCUGGAGGACGUGCAGCACCGCGAGGGCCGGGAGCCCUACAGCUCCUCCAAGUACGCGGUGGACCUGCUGAGCGUGGCCCUGAACCGGCACGGCAACGGGCAGGGCCUCUUCUCCAGCGUGGUGUGCCCGGGGACCAUGCUGACCAACCUGACCUACGGGAUCCUGCCGCCCUUCGUGUGGACCCUGCUGAUGCCCUUCAUAUGGCUGAUGCGCUUCUUCGCCAACGCCUUCACCCUGACGCCGCACAACGGAGCCGAGGCCCUGGUGUGGCUCUUCCACCAGAAGCCCGAGUCCCUCAACCCGCUGACCAAGUACCUGAGCGCCACCACGGGCCUCGGGAGCAAUUACGUAACGACCGAGAAGCGCGAAGGAUGUGAAGCACCGGCUGGGGGCGCUGCUGCAGAAGUCGGGGUCCUGCGAGCACGGCUCCUCCCGCGGCAGGAGGGGCAGGCUGGUGGUCUGCCAGAGGGUGGGCCCGGAGGAAGUCAAAAAGUGGGCCGAGUCUCUGGAGAGCCUGAUCAGCCAUGAGUGUCAACCUGGACGCCUGCACCCGGGAGGAGACCCGCCGGAACCUGCAGGCGCCCACGGCCGCCUG